AUGUCCACUGACAGGAAUGUUGCCGAAUUCCCUUCGUCUCGCUCACCGAUUGCACCAAGAUUCAACGUGUAUGAUGAACCGUCCACGCCAAGGACGUUGCCUGCAGUGCCGACUGCUAGACCGAGACGGAGUUCGCUGCGAGUGGAAACGCCGUAUUCUCCCAAUAUCUUGUCCUCGCCCGCCCAGCAAACGCCUGUCGUACGAUAUAUGACACCACCACAGUGGCAGGUUCCAGUGUUCGACAAUGUCCCGCCUAGUCCGCGGAAUGGCCCAAACCCACCCAGACAAGAGUUACCGUCGAGGCGAUUCAGUGGUCUUGCUCCCGGAUCUAAUAGGAACUCAGAUGCUACCCUUGCCGAGACCUUUCCUCAAUCCAAUGACGAAUUCAAGAAAUACUCUAUGUCGUCGUACGAGCAUCCAUAUGACAUUCCAGCACCCGAAAGCACAUAUCAAAACCGCCCGGGCGGACCACAGUCGGCAUCUGCGAGGCGGUCGGUGAGUUUCGCUGAUGAACAGCAACGUAAGCAGCAAUAUGAACCGAACGACCUUCCCUCCCUGGAUCCGAAUACUGAGCGAGCCUUGAAACGUCGCGGCGUACUUCAUAACAUGCUGGACCUCUACGCGAUCAAUAAUAACAUGGACGGCAUGGGAAGCAGGCAGAACUCCGAGGAUUGGCCGCCGCCGAGGGGCAUGUCUUCUGCUAGACCUGGAUUCCGACGUAUGGAUUCGAUGGUCUCUGUCUUGUCCGGAACUGGCUCCGAUAUACUGGACCCCGACGAUCCGAGAGUAACUGGAGUUCGUGCCGAGUACCUGGAAGACAGGGAAGACGUCGAGAAAAACACACUUCGGGAGAUGGACUACCGAGCCCGCAGAAAACAUCUCAUGCGGGCGAGGAUCGAGUUCAAUGUAACCUCCAUGAUUAAUCGACAAGAGUUCCUCAUAAAGUUAGCGCGCGCCUUGAUGACAUUUGGAGCUCCUUCACAUCGUAUAGAAUCUCAACUCAUUGCUGCCGCCCGCAUCCUGGAGGUCGAGGCCGAAUUCAUCCAUCUCCCUGGAGUUAUUAUCUGCUCCUUUGGUGACCAAGAAAUGGGAUGCUCUGAGACUCAUUUCGUCAAGUGCGGUGGCGCUCUCUCGCUUGGCGCUCUCCACAAGGUUCACCUUAUCUAUCGUUCCGUGGUUCACGAUGAAAUCUCCGCAAAAAAGGCAUCAGAACAACUUGAAGCACUUCUAAAGUCUGGGCCCGUCUAUCCUCGGCUGUUUCGUGUCUUCCUGGCCUUUCUGUUAUCAUCUUUGAUCUGUCCGUUGGCAUUCGGGGGUUCUUUCCUGGAUAUGUGGGUUGCUGGCGGAUGUGCAUUGGUUUUAUCUUUUCUGCAACUUUUCAUGGCUGGGAAGAGUGUUAUCUAUGCGAACGUUUUCGAGAUCACAAUCACUAUCUUCAUCUCAUUCACGGCUCGAGGCCUGAGCAGUAUCCGAAGCCAUUUAUUCUGCUAUACCGCUAUCUCGUCUUCCUCCAUCAUUGGUAUCCUACCUGGGUAUCUGAUUUGUACUAGUUCUCUGGAAUUAGCAUCAAAGAAUAUCCUCUGUGGAAGUGUGAAGAUGGUGUACGCCCUCAUUUACACCCUUUUCCUCGGCUUCGGUCUCCAGAUUGGCUCGGACUUCUACUUGCUAUUCGACAAAAGCAUGCGCCGUAACCUGGACGAGCUAGCUCUGAAUAUCUCCGCUACUGCGACCUUCGCGGGCACCUGGAUCUCCGAUAACACGACAAAUAUUGUUCCUGGUGCCGGCACUUGGACGUUCGUCAAUCGUGUGCCGUUGACCCAACAAAAUAUCCACGAUGGUUGCUUCCGACUCCCCAAUCAACCUUGGUAUCUCCAACCCUUCCCGUAUUGGACAGCGUUCGUCAUCGUUCCUCUCUUCUCGAUCUUAUCGUCUUUGGCAAAUCAGCAACCAUGGAAGAGCAGGCAACUGCCUGUGAUGGUUGUCAUCUCCUGUGCUAGCUACGCGUCGAAUAAGGUGGCAAAUCAUUAUAUUUUCAAUCGGUCAGACGUUGUUUCUGCUAUUGGAGCCUUUACGGUUGGUGUACUGGGGAAUAUGUACUCAAGGAAGAUGGGAGGCACGGCCUUCACGUCGAUGGUUACUGGGGUAUUGUUCUUGGUGCCGUCUGGCCUGUCCCAAGCUGGCGGAAUCACUGCGAACGGCAAUGGCAUCGACAUCGGUGGUGCAAUGAUUGCUGUAACAAUCGGUAUCACGGUGGGGCUAUUCAUGAGCCAAGCGUUGGUUUAUAUGUUCGGAACGAGGAAGAAUGCGGCCGUGUUCUCUUUCUAG